AUGGCAUUGUUUGAUCAUCUUGGGCUGAUGUCUCUGGCCAUGUUGAUGCUGGCUUCUCAGCUGGACUUUGCCAGUGCUGCUGUUCGGAUGUUUGGCAUACAUGCCAGGGACCUCACCGGUGACCCUCUUGGAAACAAACCCGAUCCAUACAUCAAGGUCUGGUGUGGCUCUACUUUUGGGGGGCAGACAGAAUAUCACAAGGACACUGCUAAUCCUACAUGGUCUGCAGAGUUCAACUUCCCAAACUGCAGAUGUAAUGAAACCCUGAAGCUGGAGGUGUGGGACAAAGACAUGACUUAUGAUGAUCUCCUGGGCACGUGUACCAAACUGGUGCAAUAUGGGUCUUUCACCGUUACUUGUUAUCUCAACAAAGGAACUGUGUUUUACAGGUUUGAUGCUAAAUAA